CUUCCUAAGACAGUCCGGCACAUUGCCUGCAUUGGACCCACAGUGGACUCAAGGUUAGAGAAGGUUUCCUCUGGCCUGUCAGGAAGAAACGCUGUGGCACCAUGGGUGUAUUAUCCACGCUGUUGCGGGGUCUGAUCAGAGGAGCGGACAGGAUGUCUGAGUUCACUAGCAAGCGUGGAUCAAGGACUCAUAAUAAAGGCAGGGGCUCGCGACCCACAGGAGUGAAGCUCCCCAGCAGGAAAUUUCUGUCCAUACGGGCCAUGAUCCCAGAGUUUGUGGUUCCUAACUUAGAGGGAUUCAAACUCAAACCCUAUGUAUCAUAUCGUUGCCCUCGAGGAACAGAGCCUCCACUCACAGCAGAGAGCGUGUUCGCUGAAGUUGUGGCCCCUCAGAUCAGGAAGGACUUUGAAGAGGGCACUUUCAACAAAGAUCAGCUGGAGAGAUAUGGAUUUAACCCCAAGCAGGAGGGGAAGCUCUUUAAGCUGUAUCCCAAGAACUAUGUGCGUUAAAGGUGCACUCACAGUGGGAUGUAUUCACAACAAGACGCAGACUGAAAGCUGCAGAUGCACUGACAUCUUCUGGAGAGUCAUCACACAUGGGACUGUGUAAUUAUGUUUGUAAAAAUCUGUUUCCUACAAGUGGUUGACCUUUUUUGCUACUUGGUCAUUGUGCAAAAUAAAGCUGACGGCUCUGAUCCAGAA